UCGAUGCAACACAGUAUACGGUAAAAAGUUGUUCGUACUGCAUUCGCUACUCUAUCGAACACGAAAGAUUCAGAAUGAAGACUUUGGUGAUCAUUGUGACUGUACUAGCCCUUACGAUAGCUGUGUAUAGUUUCAAUGUUACACGAUUACAAAAGUUCACCAACGACUUUUUAAAGUGCAAUGAGGAAUUAGGCAAGUCGCCGGCUCAACCCACUGUCGAAGCAACCAUGUGCGCGACGAUUAGAGAUGGAGAGGUCCUUAACGCAAAUCACGAAUACAUAAGGUCGAAAGCUUUGCAGAGAUUUGAGGAUAUUAUCUCCGACCCGGAUAAAUUAGCACAGACGAAAGCGACAUACAAUAAGUGCUACGACGAUGUUGUUCGAACCGGAAUCACAGGUGAAGCACAAACAGUGCAAGUUAUCAAAUGCGCUUUGCCUAUGAUAUUUCACGUCGACCAACCACAAUACAUACCCGAAGGAUCCAAGAUGAAGACUUUAGUGAAUAUCGUAGGUGUACUGGCUGUUACGGAUACUCCAUUUCAGAUAUUUAAUGCAAAUGGUGAGUACAUAAAAGAGUUAACCAUAAAGGGACUGGAGGACGUUAUCUCCGACGCGGCCACAUUGGGAAAAGCGCAAGCGAUGUUUACAAACUGCUACGAUAAUCUACAACUUCGUUACACGAACAUAUUCGAAAGAUUCAAAAUGAAGACCUUAGUGAUUAUCGUGUCUGUACUAUUUGUUGUAACAACUGUUUACGGUAAAAACGAAGCGAGGUUGAAGAUAUAUUACGCGAAUUACGCCAAGUGCCUCAAGGAGAAGGGCGGAACGGCUGAUAAACCUAGUCUUGAAGCGAUUGUGUGCGUAAUGGAAAAAGAUGGAGACGCCUUAAACGCGAAUGGCGAAUAUACAAGGGAAAAAGCGAUGAAAGGAAUUGAGGAUGCAAUCUCCGAUCCGAGCACUAUACAAAAGGCAAAAGCGAUGUAUAACAAGUGUCACGAUGAAGUGGAACAAAGCGGUGCCACUGGCCAUGAACAAGCGUUAAAAAUUUCCAGCUGCGUUAUGCCAGUUUUAGCUCUCUUCGACAAAAUAUAAUAUAAGCUAUAAUCGCAAAUUCCUUCAUUCAAUACACGAAAUUUCUUCUUUAACUUUUUUCAGGAUUUUCUAUAACAUUGAUUAUUAUAACCAAUACAUAUAGCGGGCUUAUCUUCCUAUGUAAAAUUAUGUAUUUGAGCUGGCAAUUUAAUAAAAUGAUAUUUGCUUAGACAAA